GGACGGGGAGGAGAGCGGCGGCGGCUGGGAGCAGAGCUUUUCUGUACCUGUCCAGUCUCUAUGAAGAAAUGACUACGCAGUACAGUAUUCUCUUCAAGCAAGAACAAGCCCACGACGACGCGAUCUGGUCGGUCGCCUGGGGCAAGAACAGAAACGACGGCUCUGAGACGGUGAUCUCCGGCUCCUUGGACGACCUGGUGAAAGUCUGGAAAUGGAACAGCGAAAAGCUGGACCUCAAGUGGACUUUGGAAGGUCAUCAGCUGGGGGUGGUCUCGGUGGAUAUCAGCCACACGGGAACCGUCGCGGCUUCGAGCUCUCUGGACGCCCACAUUCGCAUUUGGGACUUGGAGACGGGCAAGCAGAUAAAGUCGAUCGAUGCCGGACCUGUUGAUGCCUGGUCGCUGGCCUUUUCUCCCGAUUCCCAGUAUGUUGCCACAGGAAGUCAUAUAGGGAAAGUCAACAUUUUUGGAGUGGAGACUGGGAAAAAAGAAUACUCCUUGGACACCAGAGGCAAAUUCAUCCUUAGCAUUGCAUAUAGCCCAGAUGGAAAAUAUUUAGCCAGUGGCGCAAUCGAUGGCAUUAUCAAUAUUUUUGACAUUGCAACCGGGAAACUUCUGCACACGCUGGAAGGCCACGCAAUGCCUAUUCGUUCCCUGACGUUCUCCCCAGACUCCCAGCUGCUUGUCACGGCCUCGGAUGACGGCUACAUCAAAAUUUACGACGUGCAGCACGCCAACUUGGCAGGGACGCUGAGCGGUCAUGGAUCCUGGGUGUUAAACGUCGCGUUUUGUCCGGACGACACCCAUUUCGUUUCCAGCUCGUCUGAUAAAACCGUGAAAGUUUGGGAUGUGCCUACAAGGACCUGCGUCCACACCUUCUAUGACCACCAGGACCAGGUCUGGGGCGUGCAGUAUAACGGAAACGGCUCCAAAAUUGUAUCGGUGGGCGACGACCAGGAAAUCCACAUUUAUGACUGUCCAAUUUAAGCUC